AUGAGAGCCAUUUCUAUCUUCUCCGUGGCCGCGGUUGCUUCGGCCUUCGUCAUCCCAGACCAACAAACCCUCGAGUCUCUGGCCAUUGAAACUCAGGAAGUUGACGACUCUGUCGAGCACCCUUUCUGGGACAGGGACCAUAAAGCAGAGUCUUUUUGGCAGGAUCUAGAGCAGGAGUUCACACAGACAGUUCACUGUGCAAAACACAAGUUUGCCGAGGUCGUGGACUCGGUCGAAGCAACCACUGUCAAGUACAGCGAGGACUUCCAGAGCGCCUUUGCUGGCGACGCCUGGCUCGACACGGCCGAGUAUGACCUUGACUUGACUGAGGAUGGUCCUCCUCACCAUGGCCCACCUCAUCACGGCCCUCCUGGCCAUGGCCCCCCAGGUCGUCGAAAGCCUCACCACCCACCCCAUGGUCCUCCAAAUGAGACCGUCUACGCACUGAUCUCUAAGAGCAAAUAUACCACCAAGCUGGCUGCUGCCAUCGACGAAUUCCCCGAUCUGGUGAAGCUCCUCAAUGGUACCAAAGCCAAUUACACUGUGUUUGCGCCUACCGACAAAGCUUUCGAAAAGAUCCCCAAGCAUGCCCCCAAACCACCAAAAGAAUUCUUGAAGAAGUUGCUCACCUAUCAUGUAUCCCCUGAAUUCUACCCCGCUGGCCGCAUCUUUGUUUCACGCACGAUUCCAACUGCCCUGGAAGCUGAGGCCAUUGGCAAAGUUCCUCAACGUAUUUCGACUCAGAUCGGCUUCCGCGGUCUGAGCUUGAAUUUCUAUGCCCGAGUAGUGGCCAUCGACAUCUUUGGAACCAACGGUGUCAUUCAUGGUCUCGACAGCAUUCUGCUUCCUCCCCCAAAGGCUGUGGACAUCCUCUCCGCCCUCCCGGGCGAAUUUAGUACUCUUGACCUCGCACUCCAAAAGACUGGUUUGUUCCCGGCCUUUAACGAUAGCUCGAGCCAUCACGGCGGAACCUUGUUUGCCCCAUCUAAUUUCGCUUUCAAGAAACUUGGUCCUAAAAUCAAUGCUUUCCUUUUUAGCAGAUUUGGAUUGAAGUAUCUCAAAGCCUUGGUUCUGUACCAUGUGGCAGAUGACGUCACCCUGUAUUCUGAUGCUAUCUACAAAGAAGACUCUGCAAAUGCCCCGCCUCAUCACAAGAUCCCGAAAAGCGUUAUCCACGUCGACCUGCCCACCGGCCUUGAAGACAAGAGCUUGAGCAUCGACAUCGCUCGUUACGGCAGGUUCGUCACCAUUAAGAUCAACGGGUUCACAAGAGUCAGUGUUCCAGAUGGUAUUGCCAAAGAUGGCGUCAUUCAUGUCCUCUCGAAUGUGCUCAUCCCACCCAGGACUCCAGGUGCCUCGAGUGUUGCAGAUGACAACAUGACAUUGGAGGAAUUCAAGAACAGGCUUGCGCCAUUCGUCGAAGACCCUCUCGAAGUGGAGGAUGAGUCCUCUGAAUGGAUUGAAUAUAAUCCUGAGUUAUGA